AAAUAACUUGUCGAAAAUCCACCAUUUUCCCUUUGUAACUAACCGGUGUUCAAAACACGUGUGUACUAUCAAGUUACAUGGAAAACCGUAGUGUUUGCGUCUAAAUAUCUAAUAAAACACAACUAAAAAGUGCGUCGCGUCGCUCCUCGCAAGUGUAACGUACAGAAACGACAAAAUGAACACGGAAAAGUUGAAGAAACUACAAUCACAAGUGCGCAUAGGCGGCAAGGGCACCCCGAGGCGUAAGAAGAAGGUGGUCCACGCGACGGCCGCGACCGACGAUAAGAAACUGCAGUCCUCCCUCAAGAAGCUCUCAGUGAACACGAUCCCUGGGAUAGAGGAGGUAAAUAUGAUCAAAGAGGACGGCACGGUGAUACACUUCAACAACCCCAAAGCGCAGGCCUCGCUCGCCGCGAACACUUUCGCGAUCACGGGGCACGGGGAGAACAAACAGAUCGCCGAGAUGCUGCCCGGCAUCCUCAGUCAGCUCGGGCCCGACGGCCUCAACCAGCUGAAAAAGAUCGCCUCGAGCGUGGCCCCCCCUAAGCCCCUUGAGGAGGACGACGACGUUCCCAAUCUCGUCGGGAACUUCGAAGAAGCCGCGAAACAGGAGGCCAAGGAGGUAGUCUCAGACGACAAGGACAAAAAGGAGGAAACCAAAGCCGUGGACAAGAAAGUCGACUAAAGUGCUCCAUAAUAGUUUUUAUUUCGCUCGCCCCGUUCCGAAGUGGUGUCCAAUUUGAGUUCAUAGACGUUUAGUGGGUAACGGUGACGGAGUCCAUAUUGCCGUUCCUCGCAGCACUAACCUCCAGCGUGCAGAUAUAUUUAUAAGAUGUGUAACGACACUAUUUUUUAAUGAAGUUUUUUUAUGUUCGAAACAAUUUUGCUUUGUCUCAAUAAAAACUUAAUAUAAAUAGGUUAUAAUAAAUUUAGUCACAGUAACUCUAGAGAGAGAACAUUGUAUAUUAAAAAAUGGUAAAAAUUGCAAAAUGUAUAAAUGUAAGGUUCACUGUUAUGUUUGAAACAUGACAUAAACUUUAUUCCAAA